AGAUAAAACCCUGGCAAAGUGAAGGAGCAGUAAGAAAUAGUUAUCUCCCACAACGACGUCGCAGCAUUCUUCUACUUUACAGUUCUCAUUCAAUUGCAAUUUCCAUGUUUUCCCUCCUCUUUUUUUCUCUGCCUUUCUCGUCCGCUCAGCUUCGAUUUCUCUUCCUUUGAGGUGCCUGAUUCAGUAGCUCCUUCAGAACGUGAACAACUUCAAUGGCUAAACGAAGGGCUAGAAAAAAUGCCACACAACCUGCAAGCAGCAAAAACAAUGUUCAUGAAGAUGGAGUGUCACUAGACAAUAAGGAAGAAGCAUUUCAAGACCAUGAAGUUGAACGUCAAACUGCUGCAAUCAGGGCUCUUCGGGAUAUGGAAAUUGAACAACUGCGGACUAUGUUACGGUUACUUCACUCUUAUUUCAACAAGGAACAGUUGCAAGUUCCUGUACUGCAGUUUUUUAGAGAAAACCUUCCAAACCUAUGCAUUGCCGAGACGGCGAAGGAUGGCCAGUAUGAAGUGAAAUGGAAAGACAGAGAUGGGAACUUGUCUCUGAACCAUGCUGAUGAAAGAACACUACAUGCUUCCCUUCUACGUCGGCUGUCAAUUGCUUAUCCUGAUUACUCUGCUGGAAUUCCUUCUUUGGGUGGCUUUGAAUUUUCAAAUAAAUCCGUGAAAACAGGCCUACUCUGUGCUGAUAAAUUGCAGAUCAGGAGUCUUGUCUUUGAAGAGCCAUCUGAUUCACAAGUACUAGAGUUGAAGGAUGGCCUGCAAACUCCAAAUGUGAAUAAUAAUAGAUUGUCUGUCGGGAUAACACCCAAAACUCUCAGACUUCCAAAGUGUGGUGAGAUGCUUCUAUCUGUACAUGGCUCACCCCUUGGUGUUUAUAAGGAAGAUAACAUGGAAACAAUACAAGAGACUGAAGAUGGUUGAAUGUUGAGUGGAAGAAUCAUGCUUGUCGAGGAAGAUGUUCUGCAUCGAGCUUCAUUUGAAUGUAGUUAUGGUUAUCUUACAGUGAUUGAUAAGUGAACUCUACUUCAAUGUAAACAUGUAAUUAUUAAACUUUCCAUUAUGACCUCUCAGCGUGAGGCAUUCGUUUCAAAUGGUAUGUGAAAUCUGAAUCUUUGCACCUCUUUUCUUUC